AUGUCGGACAUUGCAAAGGGCGUCGGCAACCUGAUCACCUCCAUCGUCGAGAUCAUCAAGGGCAUCUUCGGCACAUUCAUCAAUCUCGUCGAAGGAGCCUUCCUCACCGUGUUCAAUGUCUUCCAGGGCGCGUUGAAUGCGGUCAUCGGCCUUGUCAGGAACACCUUUAACCUGGCUGAGGGCGCGGUUGGCUUCAUCAUAGGAAACUUCUUCAUUCUUGGCACUCUGGCCGCCAUCUACUUUGGAUAUCAACUGCUUCAACAACGCCAGGGCAACCGGCCUGCUCCGAUUUCGAAAGCCGUGACUGGGAAGACGCAUUGA